AUGGGGCAUAACAAAGCUUUUCAUAUUUCAGCUAUGUGUCGUGGAAAAGAAUUAGCAAGUAUCCUUGUGGACAAUGGAUCAUCCCUCAAUAUUUUACCAAAGGAGGCUUUUGAGAAGCUGCCGAUCGACAGAUCUUAUUUAAGACAAGUGUCGAUGGUAGUGAGGGCAUUCGACGGAACACGAUGCGGAGUCGGUGCAGCGUUGAUAUCACCUGAAAAGAAUGUUAUACCAUUUACAGCUAAGUUUUGCCCAAAUCAUGGCCUCCCGGAAUGGGUAGUGUACCAAGCUUUUUAUAAUGGUUUGAGCAUGCAUACUAAGGAGACUAUUAAUGCAGCUGCGGGAGGUUCCUUCAUGACCAAGAAUCAAGAGGAGGCUAGAGAAUUACUGGAAAAAGUGGCCAAAACCACUAACUCUUGUACUAACCAUCACACCGGAGAAUGCUUGAUCACUAAUGCAUCUUCGUCUCAAGAUGCAGAAUUGCAGAAAAAUGUAGUUGAGGAAACACAGAGUCCAAAUCCGAUCGAUCGGACCUCAAAUCCGAUCGAUCGGAUCCCUGAAUUUGAAAAUGAGACAGGAGAAAAAUCCGAUCGAUCGGACACAAUUCCGAUCGAUCGGACCACUGCAGACCAAAAUGAAAGUGUUGAAAAUAUGCAGAAGAGCAAGGAUGUGCAGUCCCGGUUGAAAAACACCAAGACGGAUUCUGGAUUCUCAAAGUUUCUUGAUGUGUUCAAGAAAUUGCAGAUAAACAUACCUUUUGCCGAAGCUUUGGAGCAGAUGCCCAGCUAUGCCAAACCUUUCUUGCGUACGGGGAGGACUCUUAUUGAUGUGGAAAAAGGUACUUUGGUAUUGAGAAUUGCGGAUGAAGAAGUCACGUUCAAGGUGUUUAACACUACCAAGUACCCGAAUGACGAAGAAUCUUGUCUUUGCAUAGACUCGGUGGACCAUAUUUUGGCUCAUACUUAUUCCAUCAAUUCUUGCCAAGACCCUCUUGAGUCUUGCUUGGUGAAUAGAGAUGCUCUUGAAUACGGUGAUGAUGAAAUGGUAGAGUUUAUGAAUUGGUUAGAAUCGAUGCAAGAAGCUAAACCAAGAAGAUUCCAGCGAUUUGAACCGCUUGGUGUUUUGUCUUCAAGGCCACAACCAAGUAUCAUAGAAGCUCCAACACUCACUUUGAAACCUCUUCCGUCUCAUCUUCGGUAUGCUUACUUGGGAAAUUCUACUACCUUGCCGGUUAUUAUCUCUUCGAAGUUGAAUACGGAAGAAGAGGACAAACUUUUAAGAGUAUUGAGGGAGCACAAAAUGGCUUUGGGGUGGACAAUAGCAGAUAUUCGGGGAAUCAGCCCCACUAUGUGUAUGCAUCGUAUUCUAAUGGAGGAGGAUUACAAGUCUUCGGUAGAGCAUCAACGCCGACUAAAUCCCAAUAUGAAAGAUGUAGUAAAAGCUGAAAUUUUAAAACUUCUUGAUGCAGGAAUUAUUUACCCUAUUUCAGAUAGUUCUUGGGUAAGUCCGGUGCAAGUAGUCCCCAAAAAGGGUGGAAUCACAGUGGUGAAGAAUGAGAAGAAUGAAUUGAUUCCCACCCGCACUACGACUGGUUGGCGAGUUUGCAUUGAUUAUAGGAAGCUCAACAAUGCCACUAGGAAGGAUCACUUUCCUUUACCCUUUAUUGAUCAAAUGCUAGAGAGGCUUUCGGGAUAUUCCUAUUAUUGCUUCUUGGAUGGUUAUUCGGGGUACAAUCAAAUCCCCAUUGCUCCGGAAGACCAAGAAAAGACCACUUUUACUUGUCCUUUUGGCACUUUUGCUUAUAAAAGGAUGCCUUUCGGCUUAUGUAAUGCGCCGGCCACCUUUCAACGGUGUAUGAUGAGUAUUUUCAGUGAUAUGGUGGAGCACACAAUUGAGGUAUUCAUGGAUGAUUUUUCUGUUUUUGGCUCAUCAUUUGACUCUUGUUUGAAAAAUUUAUCUAUGGUGCUCCAAAGAUGUGAAGAGACUAAUUUAGUGCUCAAUUGGGAGAAAUGCCAUUUCAUGGUGCAAGAAGGGAUAGUCUUGGGAUUCUAUAGGCGUUUCAUCAAGGAUUUUUCGAGAAUCACAAAGCCUUUGUGUGAAUUAUUGUUGAAAGAUGUUAAGUUUCAUUUUACAAAGGAGUGCUUGGCAGCCUAUACCACUCUCAAGGAAAGGCUUACUACAGCUCCUAUUAUCACUUCUCCGGAUUGGAACAUUCCAUUUGAGCUCAUGUGUGAUGCUAGUGACUACGCUAUGGGAGCGGUUCUCGGUCAAAGGAAGAAUAAAAUUUUGUAUGUUAUCUACUAUGCUAGCCGUACUCUAAAUGAUGCUCAACUCAAUUACACAACAACGGAGAAAGAACUUUUGGCGGUUGUCUUUGCUCUUGACAAGUUCCGGUCGUACUUGAUUGGCUCUAAAGUCAUUGUAUACACUGAUCAUGCAGCCUUGCGCUAUUUAUUAAUGAAGAAGGAAGCCAAGCCAAGGUUGAUUCGAUGGAUUCUUCUAUUGCAAGAAUUUGACUUGGAAAUUCGAGAUAAAAAGGGAUCCGAGAAUGUGGUGGCGGAUCACUUGUCUAGAAUAUUGGAGGGGCGUGAAGAAGCGACCAUUCCUAUCAAAGAAACAUUUCCAGAUGAACAAUUGUUUGCUAUUCACUCUUCUACAACUCCUUGGUAUGCUGAUUUUGUAAAUUAUUUGGCCAAGGAGAUCCUUCCUCCGGAUUUAUCCCACUCUCAAAGGAAGAGAUUCCUCCAUCUUCUUUUUGAUGUGUGGGGCAUAGAUUUUAUGGGGCCAUUCCCUAAUUCUUUGGGAAAUUACUAUAUCCUUAUGGCGGUUGACUAUGUUUCUAAAUGGGUGGAGGCCAUGGCAUUACCCACCAAUGAUUCCAAAGGGGUGUUGAAGUUUUUGAAGAAGAAUAUUUUUACAAGAUUUGGUACCCCGAGGGCGAUUAUUAGUGAUGGGGGUACCCACUUUUGCAACCGGCAAUUCGAUUCCUUGCUUGCCAAAUAUGGCAUUACUCACAAGGUCGCUACUCCGUACCAUCCUCAGACAAGUGGCCAAGUGGAGAUUUCUAAUAGAGAGUUGAAGAAAAUUCUUGAAAAAACAGUCAAUGCCUCAAGGAAGGAUUGGUCUUUAAAGCUAGAUGAUGCUUUGUGGGCUUACCGUACAGCUUUUAAAACUCCUAUUGGCAUGUCUCCCUUCCGCUUGGUAUUUGGGAAAGCUUGUCACCUCCCGGUUGAAUUGGAGCACAAAGCCUUUUGGGCUAUUAAAUUUCUGAAUUUUGACAUGGCAAGUGCGGGAGAACAACGGUUAUUGCAAUUGAAUGAGCUUGAUGAAAUUCGCCUUGAUGCUUAUGAGAAUGCAAAAAUCUAUAAGGAACGGACCAAGAAAUGGCAUGAUAGCCACAUUGUUCGGAAGGAGUUCAAGGUGGGGCAACAAGUGCUGUUAUUCAAUUCAAGACUCCGUCUAUUUCCGGGCAAGCUCAAAUCGAGAUGGUCCGGACCUUUUCUAGUUACCACGGUGUUUCCUCAUGGCGCCGUUGAGAUCAAGCAUGAAACUAUGGGAACUUCAUUCAAGGUGAAUGGGUAUGAUUCCUUCACUCUUCCUUCGCAUUUAAAUUUUGAGAUUGUGUGCUGCCAUAUGUUGAUAUUUCCUGAUAAUUGGAGAUUUGGGAGAGGAACAAGGGAAGCCAUUACUAUUUUGCACUUUGUUCUUGACUUCAUGGGACGACGCAAGGCAGCUGAGGCGUCCGGUUCCACCACACCUCCAUCCUCCCCCAAGCGAGCGCGGGGCACUAAGAAGAAAACUUUGGCACCUCCGCGUCCGCGGCCAUCGGAGGAUAAUUUUGCUUCGGCUCGCAUUGCGAAUGAUUGGAGGCUCGACUCCCGUAUCAUGGACGAGCCACUGAAUUCUUGGGCCGCGGGGUACUUGAGUCGAGCUCGGCUAGAUUUUCUGUGGAACUACCGCUAUUUCCGGCUUGAUGUAUACUCCACUUUAAUUCGUGCUUUCUACCGUACUCUACGCACGGUUGAUUCCAGCGAGGGCGACGACGGCCCCGAGCAUUACAUUGUGAGAAUACCCAAGAUAGACAAAGGAGCCGUUUCUUAUACAUUCACUACUGCUGAUAUUUGUGAUGCUCUUGGCUAUCCUGCUUCUUAUUCAGAGGAUCUUCCAGUCGGCCCUCCGGUAGAGGUGGAUCACACUACCAUGUUCCACACGUUAGUUCCCGACCCAGUUGUACGCCAGAGAAAUAGGCAUGCUGCUACGAGAGGCUCUAUUCCCUCUCGUCUUUGGAUUAUUGACAGUAUGAUGAAGAAAAAUUUAUGGCCCCAUGGCCAUAAAUCUGAGAGACGCGGCCCAGCCUUGGAGUUACUGUAUUUCUUCCAUCAGGAGUGCUGGUUUGAUAUUGGCUAUUAUUUUGUGCGCUCCAUGCUGCAAUGCACUACGGAGGUGUGUCAGGGGAAGAAGAUGCAGUUGUUCUUUCCCCGGUUGAUCACUCGUUUGCUCCGUCAUUUGGGGCACCCGCUACCAGAGACCGGUGAUGCUGAUCCUCUUGUUUCUGAGCUCUCCCCCGCCGACUGGAAUCUGCGUACAGGUCAUCUCCCUCCAGCUGUUGAUCCGGCUGCUGAGCCGGCUGAUUCUAGUCCCCCGUCCAGUCCGGCUGAUCCACCACAUGUUCGCUCUACGGAGGAGCGGUUAGAGGCCAUUGAGAUGUUUCAGAUUGAGACACGUGACCAGCUGGCUGCCAUUCGUGCUCAGCAAUCGGAGAUGGUUGCUCUUCUACGCCAGCUGUCCAUGCAGUCUUCUAACGCGCCAGCUGCUCCUGCACCUGCUUCUGCUGGGCCAUCCACUGUUUCUCUUCCAUCCAGGCGUCGUUCCUUCUGA